AUGGGAAGUACGAUGAGACCACCGCCGUUACCCUUACCGAAAUCUGGCAAUGAUCAACCAGGAGGAACAGGAGCAAUCAGGUCAGUCAGUGGAGGUAUCAAGCAGAUGAUAGGGACCAAGGGCGAGAAAGAGAAGACGGGUAGACAGAGUUUUAGUUGUGCAGAAUGUAGAAGACUUAAAUUGAAAUGCUCAAGAGAAUGGCCAUGUACUUCAUGUGAGAAACGAGGUUGUGCACAGAUCUGUCCGAAUGGAGAAAUGCGUACUGGGAAAGGAAAGAGAUUGAUUCUUGCUGAUACGGCAGAGCUUCACCAGCGCAUAUCCCUACUUGAAGUCGCUCUUGCUCAGUCACAUGCCAAGCAGAGUUCCACACCUCAUCCCCUACUUGAAUCGCCUUAUCUAUUCUCCCCUCGAGAUAGUACAGCAAGACCAUACCCACGUCCGUCGAUCAAGCAGGAAGGUGGGACUACGUCGCCCUUAUCGGCGGGUGAGGACGACUUGGUCCAAGGGGCGUUCGGUACACUGACUAUAGGAGAAGAAGGACAAGCGAGAUUCGUAGGCAGUUUCGCGGGGAGUGAAUAUCUCAAGGAAGGUGAUGAGUCGGAUGAAGAUGCUAGUAGUCCGAUGGUCACUUCGAAUGUACAACUUGGAACUACGACCAAUAAUGAUCCUACUAGGCAUUCUCAGCAACCUCCUUUGGUCACUCCUCCUGCGACUGCUGCAGGCGAAUGGAAUCAACCCCAAAAUAUAUAUGGAAAUGAUGGACUCGGUCUGUAUUCGUCGUUGUUCGCCGGCGGAGAUGUCAAGUUCAGCUUGGACAAGCUGAGAGCGGAACUACCGGACUAUGAGAUGGAAGGAAGAGCUCUGGUGGAGAGUUAUUGGGAGAAUGUCAAUUGGCAGUAUCAACCACUUCCAAAAGCCAUGUUCGAGAACGAUCAUAUCAUGAACGCCUACGAUACUGAAGCUCAACCGAACCCGCACAAGUUGGCAUGUGUAUUUCUCGUCAUGGCUAUUGGUGCUAUGUUCGAUCUUAACAGACCACCAUUCCAUCCUCGAGGAGAACAACUCUUCCGCCUGGGCAGAUCAUGCAUCAGCAUCGUUGGGUUAGAGCAUGCUAGUCCGGCAACCGUUCAGGCAUUACAUCUUAUGGGUACUUUCAUUCUGAAUGACAAAAGAGGUAACGGUGGUGAGGUCUUCUGGCCUAUCCUUGGAACCGCUGUCAAAGUAGCCCAGAGUCUCGGUCUACAUAGAGAUGGCUCGCAUUUUGGGUUAUCACCAUAUGAGAUUGAGGAGCGAAGGCAAGUCUGGUGGGAAGUGGUGUCAUACGACCGAUUGCAAGCACUUUGUUUCGGUCGACCAUGCGCAACCAGCAACAAGUGGUCCGAUACCAAGAUACCAGAAGCCACCGAUCUCAUUGGUGAUGAAGACGGAUUCCAUCGUGCCAAGUAUACCUUGAUAACUAUGAUGGAAAGGGUUAUCGAUGUCCAAACACAAGCUAGUGCGGUCUCGUAUAACUCGGUGAUGCAGCUUGACUCGGAACUUAGAGAAUUCAAGAAGAAUCUACCAGAACACCUGCUCCCAAAUGUAGCGAUUCAAGAUCUCCCACUUGACCGCAGUGUCGACCCGCAUUUAGUCAUACACCGGCUUGGUAUCAGGUUACAGGUCGCUCAAAUGCGUCUUCUCCUCAAUCGACCACUAUUUGCUCGAGCCCUGAAGGACAAUCCUGAGGAUCCAUCUCGAUCAAAACUUGGUCCAAGCUUCAUAGCCCUUUUCGAGAGCGCGCAAGAAAUCGUUCAGCUUGUCAAGACAUUGGUAAUAUACCAUCCCUCUCUGGUAGCAAGAUGGUGGUUCUUCUGGUUUCAUGCGUUCUCGAGCGCUGUAUGUUUAGCUGCCAUCGUGAUUCGAGCACCUACUUGCGCCUUUGCUAGUCCUUCCUUCCAUGGGAUGUCCAUCGUAUGCGAUAUAUCUGCUGCUGCUCGGGAAGGCUGUCGAGCAAAGAAGGGCCUUCCUAUCCUGCUCAGGCUCCGUAAGCGAGCACAUCAAGCACUGGAAGCAGCUACCCGAUCGAAAGCUCGCGGAUCUGGAGACGCCUCGGCUGAAGAAGACGAUCUCAGCCAUUUGAACGGUUCCGUCAAGCUCAGAAGGGUUCAAGCUCCUCUGCAUAAACGAUCAGUAUCCAGUCCCGGUAACACCACCGGUAACAACGUUAUAAAUGGCGAAACUACACCAUCACCCCAAUCUGGUACUUCAGUUGCUACAUCUGCAACUUUGGCCGAACCUGGUAUGUUCGAAGGGCUGGUCCCCACUUUCCCUGGCGACAAUAGCUCUCUACCAACAUAUCCUGUCGGGCAACCUCUGCAAACUUCCAAUACUUGGAUAUCCGAUGAUCCAAUCAACCAAUAUAUCAAUUCGAGUGUCAGUCCGCCCACUACCAUGUCUUCGUUCUCAAACGGAAACGGUGUAGUCGGUAUUGAGCCAAUUUAUAGCCAAGGUCAAGGCCAAUCACCAACGAUGAUAUACCCUGUCCAUGCUGGAUCUGUUGGGUCUAUCGGUUCUGCCAAUGGUAAUAGUGGUCAUAACGGUACCGGUCCGGAUUUCGUUGAUAUGGACAUGUCAAUGGCUCUAGGUAUGGGUCUACCGAUGAACACCAAUAUGGGAAUGAACAUGAACAUGAACACGAAUGUGAAUGUGGAUAACAGUGGUCAACCUCAGGUCAUGAACAACAACAAUAGCAACAAUAACAACAAUGGAGAUGUCUAUUAUAAUAACAAUGCCAAUUCGAAUGGGAACAAUCUACAAGGUAACGGGAAUAUCAUGUUUGGUGCCGAGGGUGAAUCGAUGUUUGGAUUUAAUUUCGAAGAAUUCGUCAAUCAGAUGGGUGCUGGAUGA